AUGUUUACGCCCAAGCAAGGGGCUAUCGGUGGCAGGUCGCGGACCUCCCGACUACAUGUAACGGCCAAUUACUCUUGGCCGUGUCUGCUAGGUCCCAGAGAGACACCGUCUCUUCAGCAGUACAUGCACAAUGUGACAGAGCGUCCUUCACGUCCGGGUGCGCGAGUACUACCGUAUUUGGAUGAUUUCCUAAUCAUGUUUACUUCCGAGGAGCAAGCACGUUUUUGCGCGCGCUGGGUGCGUGAGAUGAUCGAGUUUUUGGGUUUGUCAUGUCAUCCCACCAAGUGCCAGUGGGAGCCGUCGCAGUCAGUGUAUCACUUAGGCAUUACUGUCAAUACGGCAGCUGGUGUGCUUGAGGUGCCUAAGCAAAAGCUCGCCAAAUUGUGGUGGCUGGCGAUCGGGUUGCGGAUCACGGCAAAGAAAAAUCAGCGUCUGGUGCAGAAGUGCGAGCUGGCUAAGUUUUGUAGUUUUGCACAGAGCAUCAAAUUGGCCCUUACUCCAGCUCUCUUAUUUCUCCGCAAUUGUUACGAUGAUGUGAAGCAACCGGUCUGGCAGUGCGGGUGCAGUCGUGGUGUGGGCGCUUUCACAUGGCACUCGGUCGGUCAGUGUGGCGCUGCAAUUGCGGGGUCGUGUGCCCCCGAGAGGUGGCGCGUCCGCCGCCCCUGCUGCUGGGGUGUCGUUCGGAGGUCUUUCGAGGCGUUUGGCUUCGGGAGUUUCGGUGUGCGUGCCUGUCUGGCAGCUCUCACGUCUUUGGCCCUCUUGCGGCUCGGCACGAAGCGCCGUGGUGGUUCAGUAUUUCAACCGUUAGAGGAGGUAUCUUCUCCUUUGGCAUUUGUCUCUGACGCAACAACUUAUGCGAGCUUGCGUUAA